AAUUGUACCUACUUAGUUUUGCAUUUUUUUCCUUAUUUUUUUUAUUUUUCCAAUAAUCUAUUUUUAUUUUAUUCAUUUUCCAAGGAUUAUUUUUCUUUAAAUAAGAUUAGCUAUAAUUCAGUAGUAUUUAUUUCGGUGUCUUUUGUUUAUUAUUUUUUAUAAUUAUGAUUAUCAUUGUUUAGAGACCAAUUGGAUUUUUCAAAUUCAAAAUCGUAGCUUCAUUUAAUAAUUUUGUUAAAAUGUCUAAAAAAAUUGGUGAGUCAUGCGUGGAGACUCCAGAGGCACCAGCAUGGUUGUCAAAACUUGAGAGUCAACGCGAAAAAUUGAGCAAAGCACGACUCGGACACGAUAGCGGUGCCGGCGCGCCUUGUAACUCUUGUGGCCCUACCUGUCCUGGUUUAGAUUUGCAUUUCUGGAGAAAAGUGUGCCGUGCAUGUCACUGCAGCAAGGAUGUACAUGAUGUACAGGAUGAUGAUUUAUCAGGUUGGGCUCAAUUUGAGCUCCUUGGUACUGCUAGACCUAAAAAGGCAUCAUUGCCACUUAUCAAAAUCCGGGGUGUCACUGAUAAGCCAGUUAAAUUGGACUGGGUUCCACCAAAUGCAUCAACAGAAUUGGUGUCGGAGUACAUGUCGUGCCUGGGCGCAUUGGCGCCGGUGUCGGGAUCGGCGGCAGCGCGACGGCGACGCGCCCAGCUCCGCACGCAGCUGCCGCCGCACGACGUGGCGCCCGCCGCGCGGCACCACGCCUCCGACCAGGAGAAGUCCGAGCACACUGAAUAUAUCACGCGUAUCAAAGAUCAUGUUGUUGGAAUGGGUAAUGUAGUAAGAGUCGGCCCACUUCAAAGCGGUGAAAUUUAUUCUGUAGAAAAUAGCAAAACUCAUGCGACAACUAAAUCAUAUGCAUUACCAUUGAAAAUUUCGAAUGUGUCAAGAGGUGUAAAAUAUAACAUAGUGCCUAAGAAUGCUUCUGACAAAAAAUUGGUACUGGAUUCUGAAGGUAAUAUUGUAAGCAGCGCUGCAAACUUGCCAGACUAUAAGUCUAGUCCUAUCCUAAGUCGUACUGUGAAGGAUAAACUUCAUGUAAUGCGUAUUGAAUCUGACAGAAUCAAGAGUGCCGUUGAACAUGGACCAGUCUAUGAUAAACUGUUGAAGAACUUGAAUGAUUUGAAUAUGCCUGUUACAGAUGAUGUGUACUUGCAACCUAUUAAACUUUUCCGUGACGAAUACAAUAAAAAUCCCCAAUUUCGAGAAGAGACAAAUGAGUUUGCUAGCAAUUCCCUUGGAGUUCAGAUUAUGCCUGAUUUAUGGUCAACCACUAAUAACAAUGUUAUGGGAACUGCAAAAUUACUAGAGGGCAGGAUCCAGAAAGGAACAAUAUUUGCACCCAAUGGAGAGAUUUGGAGUUGGAAGCAUGAGCCAACUACUCCUGAACACAGCGGAACCAUUUGUUCAACAAAAAUUAAUCCACAAUAUUCUACUACCACUAAACUGAUAAAUCAGGUUGAACCACAACAAACUGCUCCUUUACGGGAAUAUUUGAGAAGCCAUUCUGAUGAAGAUCUACCACCUCCACCAUUACCUAAUUAUAAUACAUACCCUGGAACAUUGCCUUUGGAUAGUACUGACAAAGAUUGGAGUAAUAAUCCGAUUGACAAUAUUCAAAUUUUUGAUAGUGCAUAUUUAGAUACGCCACAGGGUAAUAGCUAUGUGGAGCAAGUAAAUCCUCUAAUUGAUCAAUUAACUGAUAUGUCCUUAAGUCCAGAUGAAAUGGAAUUUAACAGGAAACUUUACAAUGAAGGAGUGCCAUGCCAACGCUGUAAAAAGCCUAUGUUUGCUGGUGAAGUAGCAGUUAAAGCUGAAAGAGCAGGACAAGAAGCUAUUUGGCACCCACAGUGCUUCACUUGCAGCAAAUGUGGAGAAUUGCUUGCGGAUCUUGUAUAUUUCUUUUAUGAACGGGAAAUAUAUUGUGCUAGAGACUUGGCCAAUGUUUUGCAGAUACCACGUUGUGCUGGUUGCGAUGAAUUGAUAUUUACAAGACCUUAUACAGCAGCAGAAGGGCGAGCUUUUCAUGUGCAACAUUUUUGCUGUUAUCACUGUGAUGCACCACUUGGAGGCCAAAAAUAUGUGCCAGACGAUAAGACUGGCUUACCUAUAUGUCUUUCUUGUUAUGAUCAGUUUCAUGCAGAGCGUUGUCGUGCCUGCGGCGGUGUCAUUGGCCCUGAACAGCAAGGAGUAUCUUGGAGUAAUAUGCAUUGGCAUGCUGACUGUUUUAUCUGUUCAGGCCGAAUGUGUGGUAAAAGUCUUUUAAGCGGCAGAUUUGUUGUGAAGCAAGAAAUGCCGUUCUGUAGUGUACCAUGUGUACAGAGCAGAAUAACAGUUGAAAAGAAAUGAAAUCCUUUAAUUAUAAGUUAAACAUUGAAAUUGUUAUAACAGGUACAUAUUUACAUUUUUUCAUAUAUUUAUACAUUUAUAAUUAUAUUGAUUAGAUACACUAGUAUAAUACUUAUAUUUAUUAUACUAGAUAUAAUUUUAUAUUAUGAGGUAUGUAGUAUGAAGUAUUUUGUAAUGCAAAUGUAUUUAGGAUAGGAUAGAAACAGAUAUAAAUAUUUAUUUCAUAGUUAUGAAAGGCUUUGUCCAAUAUUCAUUUUAUUUAACAUAUAAAUAUUUUUAAAAUGUAAAUGAAAGAGUUUCAAUAAUUGUUAGAAUAUGAUUGUCAUAUUUUAAAAAUAUAAAAGAUGAAACUAGACAUGUCAUAUUGUUAUUUAAAUUUAAUUAUAAGAAAAAUUUAUAGGUAUUAUAGUAAUAUUAUCAAAAUGUAAGUUUUGCAUAUUUCUUAAAGGGACCAUGAUAUACUGAUAUAAUAAACAUAAGUGAUUUAAGGAUAAUUUUUAUAUGCAUUUAGUGUAUUUUAAUUUAAUGGCUAUUUCUAAUACUCCUACAUUAGGAUAUUAAACUCAUAAUAGAGAAUUUAUGCUCUAUUAAUGAACAUUCCAUUAUUCAAAUUCUAAUAUAUUAAUACCGGUGCUAAUGGCAUAUGGAACUUUAAAUUUAUAGUGAAAUUAUGCACACAUAUGUAUAAGUUUGAAGCAUUUACAGAUCGUCUUUAUUAUACAUGUCUGAUGUGACAUACUGGACCAGUUUUAGGUAUCCUUUAACGUAGCAAUUGACAGUCAUUUAU